AUGGAGCAAGUGACGAGCACAAAACGUCACCGCCUUGUGUCGUUUCAUGAACUCCCAGAGUACAUGAAAGACAACGAGUAUAUACUCAAUUAUUACAGAGCUGAAUGGCCUCUAACACAGGCACUCUUUAGCCUUUUCCGCUGGCACAAUGAGACCCUCAAUGUUUGGACAACCUCCGAUCAGUCGACCCAACACAUCAGCCCGAAUCUCGACACAUCCGCUGGCACGAGCUGGCCGUUCUUCGUCUUUCUAAGCGGGGCCGCAUUCUGCCUCCUCUCGAGCACCGCCUGCCACCUCCUCUGCUGCCACUCCCGCCGCCUCACCAUCAAACUCUCCCAAAUCGACUACGUCGGGAUAACCGUCAUGAUCGUCACCUCGUUUUUCCCGCCCAUUUACUACAUCUUCCGGUGCUCGCCAGCUUGGCAGGCGGCGUACCUGACCGGGAUAUCGAUCCUGGGUGCGUGCACGGUCCUCGUGCUGCUGUCCCCGUCGAGGGCCGCGGGGAGGUAUCGUCCGCUGCGCGCCGUGUUGUUCCUCGCGAUGGGGGGCUUCGGGGUCGUGCCCGCGGCCCACGCGCUCGUGGCAAACUGGGACGACCCACGGCGCGACGUGACGCUCGCGUACGAGUCGGCCAUGGCGGUGGCGUACAUUGUCGGGGUCGGGUUUUACGUGACGCGGGUCCCGGAGAGAUGGGGGCCCGGGAGGUUCGACCUCGUGGGCCAGAGCCAUCAGAUAUUCCACGUUUUUGUGGUGUUGGGGGCGAUGGCGCACUAUGGGGCCGCGCGGAUUUUCUUGGAGUAUCGGGGCGUGUGGGUGUGCGGGAGGAAGACGUGA